AUGGACGGAGUCGCAAAAAAAUUAGAAAACCUCGUAUACCGACUACAAAUCUUGAAACACAGAAUAGCCUUACUGAGAUGCAAGCCAAAUCGCAUCCUAGAAGAAAUCUACAAGAAGCCCCCUGAUCCGGACCCUGCAGCUUCUACUGUGCUCACUAAUGCCGUGGUUAACGAUGCUCUUCAUGAGCGGGAGGAAUCUCUGGCCACGAUGCCGAGGGAGUGGCUGGAGUUACAGUUCACCAAGCAAAUCUCCACCUCACCUUGCACCCAAGGUGUUUGCCUUUUUGUCCCAUGGCGACCAACGAGAACCAAGGUGAGCUUUCAGGUGCUGCUGUCAAGCCCUCGCAUCCGGGAGAAUUCGAGGCAAUACAAGCUGAAGGCUUCCAAGAUGAGUGAGGGAAAGGAGCUGGCAGAAUCAAGCAAGUGUGGAGAGAAGGCUGUUCUGGUUGUCAACAUGACCGGGGCGCGUGAGACGCUUCGUCCUCGCUUCCUAGGCGUUGGGUUGAUCCUUUCUGUGUUGCUUGUAAACUCAAGGCAGUUGAUGGAUCAUAUGAAGAGGGUUUGGAAAAUUAGGGGAGAGUUAGAAGCUAGCCCAAUUGAGUGUGAGACGGGUAGAAAGUUCAUACUUGAGUUUAAUGAGGAGGGCGAUCGGAGGCAUGCCAUCCUCAGUGGUUCGUGGCAGUAUAAAGGGGAUGCAUUCUUGGUGGAGGGCCUUGCAACUGGCAAUGAUGGUAUUGUGGGAGGUAGGAGUGCAGAUGAGGAAAAGGGAACUGUCCAAGAUUCUGAGCAGGUGCUGGCUGCCGCAAAGUCAAUUGAAGACACUUCCAAUGUUAAUAAGAAGAAGACAUGGAAGCGCAAGGAACGUGUGGAUCUGAAUGAACAGAGUAACAGCAACAGUCUAGUACCACCACCAGGUUAUGGGACUGUGAGAGCUUAUGAGGAAAUUCAAGAUGAGGACAUGGCUUUUGAACCUGCUGCAAAAAGGAGCACUUUCCAAGCAACUUGUCUGGACAAAUCUUUUGAGCUUAUCAGAUUUUUUCUGGGAAAGGAGUUGCCGAAUGAGGUGGAUGGCAGUAUGUUGUGGGCAGUCUGGUCUGCUUCUGGGAACCGAAAGGUUUUAUUCCAGGUGGAAGGUCCAGAGAUUCACUGGCUUUUAAAGGGAGCCUCGUACAGACCAGAAAGAACUUUCAUGGAAAGCACUUUGAACUUUGAAUGCAGCAAGGAAGUUUCCUUGGAUCUGUGCAGGUGA